ACCCUACAAGGGGGGUUGGCAGCCAGGUAGGCCCAUAAAGAGGCCCCCUGAGGAGUCCUCCUCAUUCUCUGCUCUUCCUCCUCCGGCACACAUCGGACCUAGUAGCUGCUGAAACCAUGGGCCUGGGUGUCCUGUGUCUGGCCCUUGUCCUGCUUGGGGUCCUGCAGAGCCAGGCCCAGGACUCAACUCAGAACUUGAUCCCUGCCCCACCUCUGAUCAGUGUGCCCCUGCAGCCAGGCUUCUGGACCGAACGGUUCCAGGGCAGGUGGUUCGUUGUCGGCCUGGCAGGCAAUGCGGUCCAGAAAGAAAGACAAAGCCGCUUUACCAUGUACAGCACCAUCUAUGAGCUACAGGAAGACAAUAGCUACAACGUCACUUCCAUCCUCGUCAGGGGCCAGGGCUGUCGCUACUGGAUCAGAACAUUCGUUCCAAGCUCCAGGCCUGGCCAGUUCACCCUGGGGAAUAUUCACAGCUACCCUCAGAUACAGAGCUACGAUGUGCAAGUGGCCGACACUGACUACGACCAGUUUGCCAUGGUAUUUUUCCAGAAGACCUCUGAAAACAAACAGUACUUCAAAGUCACCCUGUACGGUGAGUUCUUGCCUGACCCUUCGGGACUCAACUUCAGGUCAUACCCAGGGUUGGGAAUCCCAAGUCUCAGUUUCGGCCCCUUCAAGGAGUGGCCUCUCUGCAGACCUCCACAGAUAACAAGUCUGAGGGUUCGUUUGUUAGUUCAGUCAUACUUAUGGAGUGUCCUGCGGCUGCUCUCUGGCAAUCUUGGUUGCAGGAAGAACCAAGGGGCUGUCCGAUGAACUGAAGGAGCGAUUCGUCAGCUUUGCCAAGUCUCUGGGCCUCAAGGAUAACAACAUCGUUUUCUCUGUUCCCACCGGUAAUGGCCAGUUGGGGAGACAGGGAAGGGACACAGGGACUGUCUUGUAUUGACCUACCAGGGGAAGGGAAGACUUAAUCCCCUGCUCUAACCAUUGGGAUCCAUUUUGAGGUCUGGGAGACUCGGUGACACCUCAGGGUCUAUCAAGUCCUCAGGGGUCUCAGCCCUGAGUUUUCCUUCUGGCAACUGACCCAGGAUUUGCCCAGAUGAAGAUCGCAUGUUCAAGUCCAAGCUUCCCCUGACUUGCUGCCCCAAGCCAUCUACCUCUUCCUAUAGCUAAAGGCUAUUUCCUUUCCAAACCCUGAACCUUGCUGUCCCGGGCCCCUCUCCAUCCCAUAACUUGAGGGACAUCUUGCUUUCAAGUAGCCUGGGUAGAAGACUCCAGGCUACACAGAGCCACCAUCUGAGAGGCUAACCAAGGCUCAGAGGGGAAACCUGGUAGAGAGUCUGGUAUACUUGCUCUGUAUAGCCGCCCCUCCCCCACAGCAGCCCUUCCUGCCUCUCUGUCACACUGUCUGCUGCCCCAAUCAUGAAAGAAGGUCCAGGCAGCCAGAGAUCACCCACAUGUUCUCUGCUCUGUUCUGAUGAAUUUCCUCUUCUACAGACCAAUGCAUUGACAACUGAACAGACGGUGAGCGUGGCUGACUGGGAUGUGCAGUGGCCUGAUGGUUCAGGUCCCACCUGUCUGUCUGCCGCUCCAUCUUUCCUGUUGCCAGAGAAUCACCUGGCUGCCCCACCAGCCAUGAUUCCACCAAGCAUCUGAUCCCUCUUAUUUGAUCAGCUCUCCCCAUCCACCUGUGUUAACGCUGCCCCACCAACGGGCUCCCCCUUUCUGCUGAAUAAACACAUGUCCCCAGUU